CUCAACCGAACAUGAAGAUCUAAUUCAUUCGUCUCCAAACAGGGACUACUGUUUUUAAUAUUCAUUUUUGCCUGUUGAUCAUUUAAAUUGUUCAGUUAAAAAUUUUAGUUGUCAUCAAAAUAUCACUGUACUUCGACUGAAAUUUUAAAUGAAUAAAUGUCUCUACAGAAGUGCGAAUCGACUCCCUAAGUUUAAAAGAGUCGACUCCUUUAUGAACGACGCAUGACUGUUGUGUCGUUGAAAGCUGUUGUGAAACAGUGUUGUGUGUUUUGACACUUUCACAGAGAUGACCUGAGUUUCUCACUGUUGUGAUUAAAUCAGACACUAAAAAUGUUAGAUUCAGCAGACCGCACGAUGGAGUCUGAGCCUCUGAAAAGCCAACAGGAAGAAGCAGGUGCCCCCAACGGGCGGAGCUGUACAGGUAAAGCGAGAGAGUCUAAGCUGUCAGGGUGGCGCACAGCAGCUUUCCUCCUCUCAAUGUUCAUCUGCCUGAGUGUGGUGUUUGCCUUCUCCUUUAUUCUGCCCUGUCCGGUCAGACCCCAGUACCUGCCCACCUGGAACCUGACUGUACCUGCAGCAGUGACCUACAACUUCCUAGCUGUUGGUGAUGUGAAUCAAGACAAAGUGUUGGAUGUGUUCCUCAUCUAUAAAAGCUUAGAGGGUCACAUGAACCACACCUGCAACAGAGAAGGUCCAUGUCUUUUUUUCCUGGCUGUUGAUGGCACUGAUGGCAAGUUGCUAUGGGAACAACCUCUGGCUGCUGAAUUUGAUUGGGCAGAAUGUGGAGUUGGUGGAGUCAAAGGUAAAGAAGGGAACCUUUGUGUGGUGGCUCACAAUGAUCAUCUCACCGCCAUUGACAUGCACACAGGUAAAAUUCUCUGGCAGGUUUCUAGCUCUCUGGUUUCUAACAUGAAGCCCCCAGUGCUCAAGCUGCCAGAUCUGAACAAUGACAAAACCAACGACUUUGCAGUGUUGAAUUACUCAAACACCAGUGUGCCUUCAGUGACGACGCUGAUCUUCUUCUCAGGUAAAUCAGGUGAAAAGAUCUCUGAGGUUGGUGUGGGUGUAGAUUCAGGGCCAGUGAAGUCUCACCUGCAGUUCAGCACGGAGAGUGAAGCACAGUACAUCCUGCUCCAUACAGUCAGAGGGCUGUAUGCAGUGAGUUUGGGAAGGUUGGCAGAAAGCGCUAAUCUCAGCUCCAAUCUGAAGGGAGAGAAAAGCUGGGAUCAAAAAGCCAAUAACCAGGGACUCAUCACACUAUACGACUCACUCCCUUUGCAGUCUGUAUUGAAGGUGAGAGGAGGAUAUUCGAGCUCCUCUCCCUCACUGAUGCUUCAGACGAACUCCACAGUGAUGCUUUUUGACACACAGAAACUCCUCAUUACCUGGACCACCAACAUAAGCAAACUGAUUAGUUCUCCCUCAUUUGGACACUUCAACAAAGAUGGAGUUCCUGAUAUUGUGCUUGAGGAGGACCAGAGAAACAGCACCAAGAGAGUGGUGAUUGUAGACGGACAGAAGGGCAGUGUGCUGUGGGAGGUGAUCUUGCCGUUCAACUUAACCAGUCCACAGCCAGCUUCUAUUCUCACCCUUAACUACUACUCUGUGUUCAUGCUGUGGGGAGAUGCGUACACACACAUCAGUAACAUGAGCUUGGAGGUAGAAGGUCGUGCGUCAUAUCUGCUCCACCCACUCCAUUCUGAUGUCCUGCUGGAGAGGAGAAACCCCACCCAACACAUCGUCACCUUUAGAGUGCUUUUGUUGGAACGAGGCCGUCAUGCGUGUUACCUUGUACUAUCCGAAGAGGGUGGAGCCAGGAACAAAGGGGCAGAGCCUGAUUCUACACAGCUGGUGGUCUUGACCAAGCAGAAGAUCAAAUCAGACAUCUCUCAGAGCAGUGUGCUAGGAGUGGGCGGAGCCGGCAGUCUGGGUGGAGACGUCUCUGAGCAGGUGGAGUCAGUAAAAGAGGCGUUCUACAGGCUGAGGUUCAGCGAUCAAGCUCAGUGAUGAUUAAAUUCACCAACGUGUGUGUGUGUGUGUGUGUGUGUGUGUGUGUGUGUGUGUGUGUGUGUGUGUGUGUGUGUGUGUGUGUGUGUGUGUUACUGAGCUGAUGGCGUCAGUCUGUCUCUGUGAGCAUUGCUGUGCUGAGUUUUGUACCGUAAACAUGACGGUUUGAGCUGCUGUAUUCCUCGUGCUCCAGGUCUGACGCAGUCGUCCCCUUGGACUGUGUUUUAUUUCAUGCCCUUGAAUUCAGUUCCCUAAACAUUAACACUACAUUAACACUAAUUGUCUUGUCCUGAUCAUUACAACUGACUUAUUGUGCACCGUAAACCACAGUGACUACACUGUGGACCGAUGGGAACUCCUGUCCCAUUCCACUGGUGCCUUUAUAAACACUGUGACGACCUUCAACACCUGCUGCUGUGAAAACAAAGACAAUUCAGAUGUUUACAGUCGAGGACAUUUAGUUCAGAAUAACUGUAGAGAGAAAUAAGAGCCUGUUACUUUAAACCCUGAAGCUCUUUAGAUGCUCCACCACACACUGUGUUUAUUACAGUAAAAUAAUCUGUUCUUGUUUAUUCCGACUCCGAGAUUUUAUCCUGCAUCGUGAUACCAAAUAAAAUUUAAUCCUUUUAAAAAAAAUCUUCAGUACAGAAUGACAGGCAGUGUAAUGACUUAGAUGUUAAACUGGAGGCCAUAAACUUACACUGCUAGCAGUAAUGUUACAGCCGGUGCAGAACUAAUGCAGAAAACCAAACUUAACGCACUAAUACACUAACACCAAACAUGUCACAGGCUGCACUGUAGAUGUUGUGUGUGUGUGUGUGUGUGAGAGAGUGUGAGAGAGUGUGAGAGAGUGUGAGAGAGUGUGUGAGAGUGUGUGUGUGUGUGUGUUAAUGAACUACAACAGCUGGUUUAAACCUGCUCUGAUCCUGUGUACUGAACACACAGUGCCUUACAGCUCCCUCGUCCCCUUCACUGACUGCUGGAAACAGUUUAGUCUCAAACCCCCUGCUAAACCUUCACUGGGCUGUUAACUAACUCUUCUAUUUAUUUUAGAAUUCUGAUCCUUCUGAGGAAAAGGCAUGAAGCCCAAGUCCAGUGAGCGUGUUCAGUUUCCUGGCUGUGUUUAACACGUCCUCAUGUUAAUGCUUUUACUUCUCCACACUAACACCAUCUUAUUAGAUGCACUUCAGAUUGUAUACAUUUCUCUUUAUUUAUGCUCUUUAUAGGAAAAACAAUCAGAACAGUCGAUGAAAUCGCUCUUAAUCUUUAGGUCUAGUUUUUAUUUUCAUUUCCUUUAUCUUUUAGCGACAAUCAGGUUUAGAGUCAACUAAUUAAUCAAUGCUGCUGAGGAACUCUGAGCUCUGUGCUGUUCUGCUGUGUGUGCGUGUGCGUGCGUGUGCGUGUGCGUGUGCGUGUGCGUGUGUGUGUGUGUGUGUGUGAGAGACAGGAUUAUGGAUCAGGUGUAUUUUAAAGCUCUGCUGUGAAUCACAUGCUGAAUUUCUGAAAACUGAUUAAAGAGUAAAUAUUUAAUAAAAACAAAGCUGGAAUUAAA